UCGCAGGUGCCGUUUGAUCCUUUAAGCUCAAAAUAAGCAAUCGAAGAUGGGGAAAAACGCUAUGAAUUGUUUAAACAACAGAAGAGUAGGGAGGAAUUCUGGUUUACGGAGUCAGUCAUUGAGUAAGAAGGUUGUACAACAAAGUGGCUAUGCCAAGGUGCGAAUAUAUUUUCAGUUUGUUGGCAGAACCUCCGAGUGACUGAUCGACAGUACUAUUUACCGGUUAGUGGUACCAAUUUUGCGAGUUAUUUGAAACAGAAGCAGAAUGGCGCUACAAAAUAAUGAAACGAAAGUCAAUAUGGACAAUGUUAGACACCAACAACCAUGGUUCGGAUCAAAGACCAGCUGCACGUCGGACAAAAGUGUCGAUGAUACUUUUAUGACAUUCCAAUCUAAGGACCCCAUUAUAAAUAUUCCGUUGGAUAAAGUUCCUAAUAAAGACAAAGUACCUGGCAGUGCUGGGGGUCAUGGGAUUCCUGUGGAACAUCCCACUUCUUAUGUGGAAACCCUGAUGCACCUUCUGAAGGGCAAUGUGGGUUCCGGAAUAUUCGCUAUGGGCGAUGGUAUUCGAAAUGCAGGAAUAAUUGUGGGACCAAUCGUUGUUUUAAUUUUAGGUGUGAUAUGUACGCAUUGUCAACAUCUGCUGUUGAAAACAGCAAGGGGUUUGAAUGAAUCCCAAAAACUGGAAGUGAGCCCAGAUUUUGCAGAAACUGUCGAGCUGUGUUUUGCGAAUGGACCGCCACGAUUACGGGGUAUGGCCAAAACGAUGAAACGAAUGGUGAACUUGUUUUUGUGUGUCACUCAACUCGGAUUCUGUUGUGUGUAUUUCGUUUUUAUUUCGGAGAAUAUUAAACAGGUUUUAGACUAUUAUGGAUAUGUCCUGGACGUCCAUUUUCAUAUGGCAAUCAUUCUAUUACCAAUCCUAUUGACUGCUCUCAUUAGAAACUUAAAGUACCUGGCUCCCUUUUCUACCUUAGCUAACGUACUGAUGUGCAUUGGCAUUAUAAUAGUUAUCUACUAUGCAUCGCAAGACGUUCCCAGUGUAACUGAAAGAAGAUACAUUGCUGACUGGCAACAAUUGCCUCUGUUCUUUGGGACCGCCAUUUAUGCCUUCGAAGGAAUUGGACUUGUUUUACCCUUACAAAAUGAAAUGAAGAAACCUGGUCAAUUCACCAAACCUUUAGGCGUAUUAAACAGUGGAAUGGUGAUCGUGACUAUUAUGUACCUGGUUGUUGGCUGUUUAUCUUACAUGAAAUAUGGAGACGAUAUUAGAGGAAGCGUUACGCUUAAUUUACCACAACAUGAAGUGUUGGCACAAUCAGUGAAAAUUAUAAUUCCAUGUGGAAUUCUUUUGACUUACGCCUUGCAAUUUUACAUUGCCGUCGACAUUAUUUGGCCAAAUAUAUUGGCUCUAUUGGGACCAAAUGUAAAAUACCCCAUAUUUGCCGAACUCUCAUUUAGAUCGUUUUUGGUGUUAGUUACAUUUGUGCUCGCCGAAGCUAUUCCAUUCCUCGGACUCUUCAUCUCCUUAGUGGGUGCGGUCAGUAGUGCUGCCCUUGCACUAAUUUUCCCUCCUAUUCUCGAUACAGUUAGUUCAAUAGCAAUUGGACAGUUGACUUCAUUCAGUGCUUUGAAGAACGGAUUUAUCAUCCUGAUUGGUGUAGUGGGAAUGAUCACCGGCAGUUAUGAGAGUAUUUCAGCGAUCGUAAAAGCUUUUGGUAGCGAAAGCUAAGACGAAGAAAGACAUGAAAAUGAAUGUUUUUGGGCUUGGUUGCCCGUGCAUCUGCCCGUUUUAGGGCAGAAUAGUAAUGCUGCAGAUCGAGGAGAAAACUUAAACAUCACUCAAUUUGACUGUGCCAUGUCUGCAGAUAGAAAACUUUGAUUUUGGAUUUAACAAAGCAGUCCUAUGAAUUAUGUUGUGAUAGGUUCAUGUGAUUAGAAUAUGUAAAAUAUUUUUUUAAGGAAAACACUAUUUUCAGGUCAAAGCAAUGUUGAUUAUAUAUACAGGUAAACAUGUUUUAUUUCAGGAUAUUUAUACUGUACAUUUUGUUAAAUUUAAUUUUAGAGAUGUAGCGCCCUCGAGUUACUCAUUAAUGAUAAUGAUUUGUGAUAUUUUCAAUGUUGCGUUCUUUCUGGCGCUCUUAACAGCUAGUUUUUACUUCUAAAAUAAUAAAACAUACUUAGUUGGUUUGUAUACGAUUAAUAGUGAGUUUUAUUUCUAAAUGUUAUCACGCUUGCCUUAGAAUCAGGCAAAUACAAUUCUAAAUAACUGUAUCUUUUGUACGAUCCUUUACAUUGUUGUUGUGUUCCAAUUACAGUUCUUUGGCUAAUAAUGCCAAACUUUCAUAUGUUCCUGCAACUGUUGCCACACAUCCAAAUAUUAUAAUUAAAACAUCUUUAAUUAAAAUAAAUGGUGUCAUUUUUUUAAAUGCGAGUGUUGCUACGAUAUCGAUAGCCGCCGGAAAAAUUGCAAUCAAAGCGAUACUGAGGAAGGAUCCGACAAAAGCCAACAGUAUUUGUAGUCUUGGUAUUGCUUCAGCCAUAACAACUAAAAAUAAAUUGAAUUAAUUGCUAUAAAGCAUUUGCACAUUUGGAAUUUUAUUGAUUUAUUAUUGAUAAUUUUAAAGAAGCUACCAGUUGACCUAACGAUUAAAGAAUAUGCUUAGCUCUCAGUUAAAAUAUAUACUAAGGUUGAUUAUUUUGUAAACGGUUGUAAAUAAAACUUAUUUUAUUUUA